AUGGCUUCCCAGUAUGCCACCCGCAAGAUCGGAGCUCCUAACACUCUGGAGCACCGCAUCUACCUUGAAAAGGAUGGAGUCCCGAUUUCUCCAUUCCACGACAUCCCCUUGUAUGCCAAUGAACAACAGACCAUCUUGAACAUGAUCGUCGAGAUUCCGAGAUGGACCAAUGCCAAGAUGGAGAUAAGCAAGGAGCAGAACUUGAACCCUAUCAAACAAGAUAUCAAGAAGGGCAAGCUUCGAUUCGUCCGCAACUGCUUCCCUCACAAGGGAUACCUCUGGAACUACGGUGCUUUCCCCCAGACAUGGGAGGAUCCCAACGUUAUUCAUCCCGAGACGAAAGCCAAGGGCGACAAUGACCCAUUGGAUGUCUGCGAGAUCGGCGAAUUGGUCGGAUACCCGGGGCAAGUCAAGCAGGUCAAGGUCCUUGGUGUUAUGGCUUUACUUGAUGAGGAAGAAACCGACUGGAAGGUCAUUGUUAUUGAUGUCAACGACCCGUUGGCACCUAAGCUCAAUGACGUCGAGGACGUUGAACGACACCUUCCUGGUCUUUUGAGGGCUACAAAUGAAUGGUUCAGAAUCUACAAGAUCCCAGACGGAAAGCCAGAGAACCAAUUUGCUUUCACUGGAGAGUGCAAGAACAAGAAGUAUGCCACCGACAUUGUUCGUGAGUGUGCUGAGGCUUGGGAGAAGCUGAUCACUGGCAAGACCAACCCUGGUGAGAUUUCUACGACCAAUCUCACUGUGAAGCAUUCCCACAGCCGUAUCAGCCCAGAUCAGCUUCCUCAUAUCCCACAGAACGAGAACCUAGUCCCAGCCCCCAUCGAUCCUAGCAUCGAUAAGUGGUUCUUCAUCUCUGGCGCUGCUGCAUAAACGCGUUCAGCACAAGGAACUGGGUUAGAGGAAAGACUGACUAUCAUGACUUGCCGAAUUGGCACAAAAAUAGCCUUUGCUUCACAUUUUAGAUGGACCUUGCAACGUAAUUACAUACUGCCUUAGACCCGUUUUCUUGGAUUUCGUGUGAAGUGACAUGAAGAAACGCUGUUCCCGCACCCAGAAAGCGAUCUUAUUCCCUGUUUGGUUCGAGUCCUUUCGUUCUCUCGUUGUACUAAAAGCUCCUCGAGCCUAGGAUUUCCACAGAAAACACUAGAACAUUUGGUAUGUCGGUCGUUCUUUAACAGCUUGUGCAAACUACUCAGCAAGCUCCUGAACGCCUCCCAUAUGCAAUAAUAUACAAUAACUUGAUUCAUCAAUUCCCAUUCAGCUCUUCCUGUCUUGACAGAAUUCUAGAAUGUCUAUCCACCUCUUCAACAACUCCCUUUAUCCCUAACUUCUCAGCAU